AUGUAUGACUACUCUUUGUUUUACAAGAAAACUGAAAACUCAAAUGUCUAUAUAGCAGUGUAUGUAGAUGACAUUGUGGUGACAGGAACUGACACAAUGGAAAUUGAAGACUUGAAGGUGUUUCUAAAUGACAGCUUCAAGAUAAAAGAUCUGGGCAGGCUACACUACUUCCUGGAUUUAGAGGUUCUUUACAAGGAUGAUGGUGUGAUAAUAUCUCAGAGGAAGUUCACCCUUGCUCAAAGAGUAUCAGUGCAUGGACUACAACAGCUUUACUUCACCACUAGACCCAACAGUCAAGCUCAAGGCAAAAGAGGGGCCUACUGUAAUUCUGACUGGGCAGCAUGCCCAGAUUCCCGGAAAUCUGUAAGUAGCUAUCUUGUAUUAUUGGGCAGCAAUCCUGUUAGCUGGAAAUCCAAGAAGCAGGACACCAUUUCAUUGUCUUUUGCAGAAGCAGAGUAUAGAGCUCUAAGAAAGGUAGUGGGGGAAUUGGUGUGGCUUAGUACACUGUUUGAAGAACUUACAGUUCCUUUCCCCAAGCCCAUUGCGGUGUUCUGUGAUAGCCAGUCUGCCAUGCACAUAGCAAGGAACCCAGUGUUCCAUGAAAGAACCAAACAUAUAGAGGUGGAUUGUCAGUUUGUGAGAAGUAAGCGGGGCUGA